AUGACACAAUUUCAGUCACUUCCUGAUGGCAGUACCUUGGUUUCCGAAGAUGAAAUCUUUGAGAUGGGAUUCUUCAGUCCCGGUAAUAACUCAAAUCGCUACCUUGGAAUCUGGUACAAAGGAAUCCCAGUUAGAACUGUUGUUUGGGUUGCCAACCGUGAAAAUCCGAUCAAAGACAGCUCCAGCAAAUUGAGCAUCAACUCAGAAGGACGACUUGUGAUUCUCAGCCAUAACGAAACUCUUGUUUGGUCAUCAAAUUCAACAACACAGAGGCAAGUCAAUAGUCCAAUUGUGCAACUUCUAAACUCAGGAAACUUGGUCCUAAGAGACGAAAAGGUUAAUGAUUUCGAAAGCUACUUAUGGCAGAGCUUUGACUAUCCAUCUGAUACGCUGUUACCGGGAAUGAAGAUUGGUUGGAACCUAAAAAAUGGCCUUAAUAGGCAGUUAUCAGCAUGGAAGAAUUGGGAUGACCCUUCUCCAGGAGAUUUCACUUGGGGAAUUGUACUUGGAACCACCCCUGAGUUGGUUAUAUGGAAAGGAACUACAAAGUACUAUAGGAGUGGUCCAUGGAAUGGGGAAAGAUUCACCAGCAUAGCGCUUUUCCAAUUAGAAUUUGUGUCCACCAAUGAUGAGGUGUUUACCACAUACAACCUCGACAAUAAGUCAGUGAUAACAAGACUCGUUCUAAACAAAUCAGUUUAUUCGCGUCAGCGCUAUAAUUGGAUCCCGGAGAACCAGACUUGGCGAUUAUAUUCGUCGGUGCCUCGUGACAAUUGUGAUAACUACAAUCUUUGUGGUGCUUAUGGGAACUGCCUUGUGCAAGAGUCACCGCCAUGUAAGUGUUUAACAGGUUUUAAGCCGAAAUCACCACGAAGCUGGGAGGCAUUUGAUUGGACAGAAGGAUGCAUGCAAAGUGAAGAAUGGAAGUGUAAAGUGAAAAAUAGAGAUGGUUUUGAAAAAUUAAGUGGGUUAAAAAUGCCAGAUACCACCAAGUCUUGGGCAAGUAAAAAUUUGACACUUGAUGAUUGCAGGAUUAAGUGCUGGAAGAAUUGUUCUUGCACUGCCUAUGCAAACUUAGAUAUUAGAGAAGAAGGCAGCGGCUGUCAAAUUUGGUUUGGAGAUUUAAUGGAUCUCAGAGUUGCUUCAAUUCCAGGACAAGAUUUGUAUGUUCGGAUGCCUGUAUCAGCUACUGGUAUGUAUUGUUUCUCUCACAAAAUGCUGUUUUAA